GUUGGUCUCCACGACAGGAAUGAACUCGUACCCGUUUAAUUUGUGAAUAAUGACGACUUUGGAAUCAUCACAGGCGUUGUUUGGGUGAUGAAGAGACGUUCACAUUCCGACGGUAGGAGGCAUAUUAGUCAAUAAUUAGUCAGAUAGGCAAAUUAUUAAUGGAAAGUUAGAAGAAAUAAGCUUAAUACGGUAAAUACAUGCGCUGAAGACCACAACACAAAGGCGAGUUCUUAUCUUUCCUGUCAGAAUACAGCCAAGUUUGUGUCGUAACAAACCAGCAGUUUCUUGAUGCUGGUGUGCUCUUCUUUCUCCUGAUGUUCGGGACUGUCAGUAUCCCUAUCGGCUGUCAUGCUGUGGCCAGCUGCCUCUCUCUCACUUUCACCCUCCUCCUCCAUGUCUUGGAUGUGUGUCUGCCCCAUCAAGCAGAAAACGGAUGCCCAGAGAGCUGUUUCUGCUCGGAGAGUGUCGACGGCGGGCUGGUGGUCCGUUGUAGUGACAUGCACUUGAUUGCAGUGCCACGUGACCUUCCGAACACUACACAGCAUCUAUACCUAGACAACAACCUGCUGCUUAGCAUACCAUCUGAUGCCUUUAUAGGGCUCCCACUAUUGUUCAAAUUAGAUCUUUCCCACAACAGGUUGGUCCACCUGGAGCCUGGAGCCUUUCAAGACCUUGCAGACUCAUUGAGCAGCCUGGAUCUUUCUUCUAACCAGCUGGAGACUCUGGACCCCAAGGCGUUUGGUGAACUCAGAGCCCAGACUAACCUCUCUCAUAACCCCUGGCUGUGUGACUGUCGUCUGCAGCUGGCUAUGCCACAGCUGCUCUUGGAUCCCUCCUCGCUCACUGAGGUGGUGUGCAACACCUCUGAACCUGAAGAGCUGCAGGCUCAGGGUAUGCCCUUCAUCCUGGUAGCGACUGAUCUUGACUUCUGCGCAGCACUCCGGAGGACCACUGACGUGGCUAUGCUGAUAACGAUGUUUGGCUGGUUUACAAUGGUUAUAUCUUAUUUAGUUUACUAUGUAAGGCACAACCAAGAAGAUGCAAUUCGCCACCUCGAGUAUCUCAAGUCUCUGCCUAACAGGCAGGGCAGAUCUGAGGAGUCGCUGACACUUAACACCAGGUUGUAACACAAUUAUGAAUAACAGUUUUUAAAAAAUUGCAUAUCACAGGUUUUUCUUUUUUGUUGUGUUUGUUCCUUAAAAGUAGACCCCAGCUAAUAGCAUUACAAUAUAGAGAGAAAACAGUUAAAUGAGUGCAAAAUAAUAAUAAUAAUUGGGAUAGAAAAAGGUAUUUAGAAAGUGAGGGGAGAUAAGAUUUUAACAUUGACUAAUGAAUAUGCUUAAUAAUAUACAAUCUUUCACUUGUCAGUUGACUGUAAUUUGCUAUUUCAGUCUAUGUAAAUUACGUUCAAAAAAUUUGGGGUCAGUAAGAUUUUUUUUUAAAGAAAUUAAUACUUAUAUUCAGCAAGGAUUUAUUAAAUGAAUCAAAAGUGACAGUAAAGACUUUUAUGAUGUCACAAAAGAUUUCUAUUUAAAAUAAAUGCUGCUCUUUUGAACUUAAAGGUGCAAUGUGUACAUAUUUGGAGGAGCUAUUGACAGACCUUACAUAAUGAACCGUUAUGUUUUUAUUACCUUAAAAUGAGCCAUUUCUAUCUACAUACACCGCGGGACCCCUUACAUGUUAAGUCACCAUUUUGCACGAAUUUCGACCCCCUGCCAAAUUAUUACCCCCCUCGUUGAAGUCGCUACCUGAUUGCCUAAUCUUAACCUCACCCCUAAUCCUAACCCCUCUCCGACACUUACUCCUAAACCUACCAAUACUAGGGGGGUAAUAAUCUGGCAGGGGGGUCAAAAUUCAUCACAACACCGGCAUGUUUCUACAGUAGCCCUAAACAGACAAAUUGCUCUACAGAGCGUGUUUGCUUAACUAGCUACUCUCUGCUGUCUCAGACGACGACAUAUUUGUCCUGUGUUAGCCACCAUAGCUUCUCUAUAUUGCAAUUCGCAACCUCACCACUAGAUGUCACUAAAGUUUGCACACUGCACCUUUAAUAUUCAUCAAAGCAAUAUACUCAGAAUAGUCUCAAGGUUUCCACCAAAAAGCAGAACUGCUUUCAACAUUGAUAAUAAUAAUAAUUUAUUAUUUUUUUGAGCAUCAAAUCAGCAUAUUAGAAUAAUUUCUGAAGGAUCAUGUGACACUGGACUGGAGUAAUGAUGCUGAAAUUUCGGUUUUGCAUCAUAGGAAUAAAUUACAUUUUAUUCAAAUAGAAAACUGUUUCUGUUUUUACUGUGUUUUUGAUCAAAUAAAUGCAGGAUUGGUGAGCAUAAGAGACUUUAUAAAAGAAUCUUACCAACCCAAAACUUUUGAACAGUAGUGCAAAUCACUCUUUUAAAUGUCAUCAUAUUUGAAUGAUGUUAAGAAUUAAGUGUAAUCAUUUUUUGUGUGUGUGUCUGUUUCAAUUACAAUUACAAAGUGAUUGUCAUUGUUUAUAGAAAUAUGCAUUAAAAACAGCUUGAUAUAUUGA